AUGAAUGGAGUUUAUUAUUGGCUGGUAAAAGAUUACUACCAUCAUUAUUGCAUCCUUUCUUUUGACUUGGCUAAUGAGAAUUUUCAUGACUUACCAAGUCUGUCAGAGAUUCCAAAAUCGAAAUUUGGGGAACUUGCCUUGUACGAUAAAUCUAUUGCUAUAAUUCUUUUUCAUCCAAAUGAAUUAGAGAAUUAUAUUGAGAUAUGGGUGAUGAAGGAGGAGGGAUUUUGGACCAAACAAUUAACAAUGGGACCCCUUCUAGAUGUCCUAGUGCCCAUUGGUUUUUGGGAUGACGGCCAGCUUCUUAUAAGAGCCCGGAGUGGACACAUGAUUUUGUACAAUAUUAGCACAUUAGACAGUAGGGAUCUUGGAUAUUACAGACUAGCUAGUGCCCUUCAAGUUUAUAGGUUCAAGGAGAGCAUCUUUUCAAUCAAAGAAAGAGAAGAUUCUUUCAGCAUGGUUUAA